AUGGUAUCUGAGUCCUUUAUCCAAAGGAUCGGAAUUCCUCGCACGCAUGCCCGCCUUUCGGUAGUUGGUUUAGGUGCUAACCCGGCUCAGCAGGUCAAAUUAAAUGCAACUAUUUGGACCAAGAUUCGCAGCCUACCGCUAGCUGACCCGACGUUUGGAUCUCCGGGGAAAAUCGACGUUAUCUUAGGCGCUGAUCAGCUGUGGAACUUAUAUACUGGACAUCGCCGAGAGUUUGGUAUCGAAUACCCCAUCGCACUGCAUACUAAUUUUGGAUGGGUUAUUACAGGCAGCUAUACUGAUUGUAACGAAGCAUCUACGCACGCACAAGUUCAUCACGCUUAUGAAGAUUUGGAUUCCUUAGUUCGCUCAUUUAUGGACAUGGAACAAGUGCAUCCGAGUAAAAGAACGAUAGACGCCAGUGAUCCCGCCGAACAACAUUUUCUGAAAACACAUGCUCGUAGAGAAGAUGGUGUUUAUAUUGUUCAAUACCCAUUCAAGGAGCCCCGCACGCCAAUUGGCUCCACUUUGCCACAGGCUUUAAACCGCUUCGCCGCUUUGGAAAGGAAAUUUAGAAGAUUCCCCGCACUCAAAAAACAAUAUGUGGAUUUCAUGGAUGAUUAUUUAAAUCGAGGACAUAUGGUAUUGAUUCCGGCUGCUGCAGGCGGUGAGGAUCCCGCACGCUACAACUAUUUGGCACACCAUGCAGUUUUUAAGCCAGAUAGUACUACCACACGUUGGCGAGUGGUAUUUGACGGCUCUGGAAAGGAUUCCACGGGUCAUUCUCUUAAUUCGCGACUGCAUAUAGGACCACCUAUUCAAAGGGACUUAAUUGGAGUAUGCCUUCGAUUUCGUCAGCAUCGUUAUGUAUUUUGUGCAGACAUCGAGAAGAUGUUUAGAGGCAUUUUGGUGUCGGACGAACAUACACAGUACCAACGCAUAGUUUGGAGGAAGGAUGAAAACGCUACGCUGGAUCAUUAUCGACUGUUGUAA